UGCACACGCCCAUGCUCAGCCUCAGAUGUUGAAUAUUUUAUCAAAGUGGUCACAUGGUUUCUGCUCUAAAUGAUUAAACGAGGCUAUCUCCUCUCGUCACAUAUCCACCAGCUCUGCAUUGGAUGGGGGAAUCUGCCUCAGGAGGGAAACUGAACAGCAAAGUUUCUGCGCCCUCUUUAGACUUCUGUUUCAUGGGACAAACCUGUUUAGGAGGAGGCUCAUGGUGAUGUGAAAGUAUGAGACAGUGACAGCAGGAAGGUGGAAGGAGUGCACAACUCACCGAUAUUAACAGAUAAUAACCAGGGUUAGUGAUGGCGGCGUGGCUGGGUCGGGUGUCAUUGGGUGAUGCCUGGUACAACAUGUACUCUCGCUUGCUGAGGACCAAACCUGUGGGCUCCAUGGCCCACAGCUCAGAUGACCUCACCGAGCUUGCAGAGGGCUCGGCGGUUGGGCUGGCCAAAGUCCUCACUACUGUUGACCUGGUCUCCCUCGGUGUGGGAAGCUGUGUCGGCACAGGGAUGUAUGUCGUUGCGGGGCUGGUUGCUAAAGCAAUGGCUGGGCCUGGGGUCAUUCUGUCCUUCAUAAUUGCAGCGGUGGCGUCCAUACUGUCAGGUGUGUGCUACGCAGAGUUUGGUGUGCGGGUCCCCAAAACGACCGGAUCGGCGUACACCUACAGCUAUGUGACUGUUGGAGAAUUCGUGGCAUUCUUCAUUGGCUGGAACCUGAUCCUGGAGUACCUGAUCGGCACAGCGGCAGGGGCUUCAGCUCUCAGCAAUAUGUUCGACUCGCUGGCCAAUCACAGCAUCAGUGACUUCAUGAUAACACACCUGGGCACAGUCAGAGGCCUUGGUAAAGGCGAGGACACGUAUCUUGAUGUUCUGGCCUUGGUCAUUGCCCUGGUGGUCACUGCUGUGAUCGCUCUUGGAGUGCGUAACACUGUGGGCUUCAACAACGUCCUGAAUGUGGUCAACCUGGUGGUCUGGGUCUUCAUGAUUAUCGCCGGACUCUUCUUUAUCUCUAGCAGCAACUGGGAGGGUGGCAAGUUCCUGCCAUAUGGCUGGUCGGGGGUGAUGCAAGGUGCAGCAACCUGUUUUUAUGCCUUCAUUGGCUUCGACAUCAUUGCAACGACAGGAGAGGAGGCCAAAAACCCCAACACCUCCAUCCCUUACGCCAUCACUGUCUCGCUGGUCACCUGCCUCACUGCCUAUGUGUCGGUGAGUGUGAUCCUGACUCUCAUGGUUCCCUAUAACCUUAUUGAUGGCUCGGCUCCUCUCAUGGAGAUGUUUGCUGUGCACGGCUUCAUGUGGGGGAAGUACACUGUGGCUGUGGGCUCUAUAGCUGGACUCACUGUCUCUCUGCUGGGCUCCCUGUUCCCGAUGCCCAGGGUCAUCUAUGCAAUGGCACGGGACGGACUGCUGUUCAGGUUUCUGUCUCAUGUGACUGCACUCACACACACUCCCACGGUGGCAUGUGUGGUGUCGGGAAGCCUGGCGGCCGUCCUCGCUCUGCUGGUGAGCCUCAGGGAUCUGAUUGAGAUGAUGUCCAUUGGCACCCUGCUGGCUUACACUCUGGUCAGCGUGUGCGUGCUGCUACUGCGCUAUCAGCCUGACGAACAGACCGACACACAUCAGUUUGACUCUGAAGUUCAGGACAUGGACAGCCUGAAGCACGAAGAUGCCAAAGACGAUCAGAUCUUGACCGAGAAUGACGGGUCAUCUUCUUACCACACCGGCAGGACGGAGGGGGAGGGAGAUGACUCUGAUUUUCAUACAGGUCACGCCUCACUGCUGAAAAGGCUUCUUGGAGGUCAUUACUACACCCUGCGGCUGCGUUUGGGAAUGCCCGAUGCGUCAGUUCGACCAACCCCAGCCACAGGCCGCAUAGUGACCCGAUGCACUCUCUCCCUCUUCUUCAUGUCCUUCCUCCUCUGGUCUACCAUAAUAUUUGGGGUUGAGCAGGGCACAGGUGCUGGGGCAGUGAUUUCUGGACUGAUGGCAACAAUGAUGGCAGCGUCAUUAGGGAAGCUUUUGAUUAUGAUCAUACAGCAACCAGAGAGCACCAGGAGCCUGCCCUACAUGGCACCAUGUGUUCCCUUUGUCCCUGCAGCAGCCAUAUUGGUUAACAGUUACCUCAUGCUUAAACUGUCUCCACUCACCUGGGCAAGGUUCACCAUCUGGUGCCUCAUAGGUCUGUUGAUCUACAUUUGUUAUGGAGUGUGGCACAGCACGCUGGAGCUGAAUGCUCGGGAGCAGCAGGCACAUGCCAGCUCCUACCAGCGCUAUGACGACCACUUGGAUGACACCUUCUCCCCCGGUGACGACCUUUACCCUCAGGAGCAGGACGAGAGACCGUAUCAGGGGUGGUCUGCACCCGAGGAGAGAGGAUACCACUACCAGCAGGGAAAUCAACACGAGAUCCAAUACGGGGACCAAGAGAGCGGAGAGCAGGAGCAGAGCCAGUAUGAAGAUCAUGGGGACCAGUAUAGAUACCAGUCUGGAGCAGGAGGCCAGUGUAUGGAGACAGGCAGUAGGUCCAAGGGAAGGACCAAUUAUGGGUUUAAUGAUGAAGAGGAGAACUGAGUAAUAUGAAAGAGUGAAUAAAACUUACGUAUGAGGCAAUAUUUUAAUAUUUGUGGAAGCUUUUGUGAAAACUGGGAUCAGAUAUCAGCAGAGGAAGGAGGGCCCUGAGAGAAGCCAACAGCAGAUGCAGAAGUUUCAAAACAGUCUAACCUGUUUGGGUCCAAAGCAACUGGACUUCUUUACUCCAGCUUCUGCAACCUUUUGGACGAGAAGUGAAAUGUGUUUGAGAACUUAAAAGAAGUCCAGCUGCCUUUGAAGAUCUACCUGUAUGAGCACGAAUGUACACAAACACCCACCUGCCUCUGACAACCUGACAGUGACAGUAACCGUUAAUGAAAAUCCACACAAGUUGGACUUGUGUGAAUUAGAAGUGUGUGAGAAGAAGUGUUGUUACAAAACAAACAUGCCUUAAUCUGACUUUAUUCUUUUUCUAUUCUUUAGUGCUCAGCAGAGGUUCAAAAGAAUCCAGACUGCAUAGGAGCGUAUCUGUUGUUUAAAUCAAGACAAACUGAGCAUGCUUGAGGGAGAUGCUUAUCUUUUUAAAGUUGAUUUCCUGUUAUUUUGAACAGGCACAAGCACCGAUACUAUUUAAAGCAUUUUUUGGAUUUUUAUUAGCACUAUUCAUGUGCUGCAUGUCUUCAGGCUAACUUUUUAGACACCAUAUCCCAACCAUACGCAAACAUGUUAAUGACUAACCUCGUGUGAUGGAUGGAUCAUCUUAGAUGUUCUCUUAACUGAAGUUUGGUCCUUUUUUAGCAUCUUCUUCGAGCUGUAUGAAGGCAUUUUCUCUGCCAGUCAGGCCAACACGAACUUUUACUGAGAACAGUUUAACCAUUAUUGUCCAUCUUCCCAGUGCUGAUGUGUUUAUAUUAACCUAACCAUAGCUUUGUAGAUAGCCACCAGGUAGUACAUCAUCAUAUCUCAAUUAGUCCAAAAGAAUUUGGACUAAUUACCAUACAGCAUUUGCUUUGAACAAUGCUCAUAAUAAAUGUUUAUACUUUUUGUGCCUAAAGGUCACUCGGGCCACUUGCACGUGGUUCUUUGCAGACUCAGCAUCACUGCUUGCUUUCCUUUUGCACAUUCAGGUCUUCGUUGUCUUCUUUUCUGCUUCCCAUAGCCGUUCACAUAAGUCUCAUAUCUACACGCUGUUCAGAGACAGUGAACAGCACACACUGGUUUAGCUUUUCCUCUGGUUUUGUUUGAGUUCUUUGUUCAUGCUCUUUAAUUGUUUUGGGUUAAUGGUGUUAUUCAGUGUCUGUUGUGGAAAGUGCAGAAAUAAAGUGAA